CGCGCGGCGCAGCAGUCUCUGCCAUACUUUUCUAGUCGUUUCGAGAAGUUUCGUGUUUCUUAGAUAGUACAAGAAUAAAUUUUGUUUGUGUGAUGAAGCCUUUAGAUUUGUAGAAAAAUAACUUAAAUAGUCUUUUUACGUACGAUACUAACAAGAUAGCAAAAUAACUUUCGUGGUUUGUCGACUCGUGGGUUUGCGAUCUUGGCGGUGAACCAAAAAGUUUAUCAUUUGUCUACGCGCGAUGCCUCGCUGACAACGCUUCGCGUGUUUUAUGCUGUGGCGCGAAGUAUGGAAUCGUCGGGUGAGGGCGGCAAAAAAACGGGCGAGCAACCCGAGAGUGUCCGUCGAGAAAAAUCGGAGGCGUUCUCGCGUCACCGUGGCGAUGAUCGCGUGGCCGGCCAACACGUAGUGGUGAUGCCACCCGCACCACCGCUGCAAGGCUCGUCAGAGACUAAGAAAGUGGCGGCUACGUUCCCACCCACGACUAAGUCAAGAGAGGCACUGGAGUUGGAGAUUCAAAAGAAAAAGAAAGUGAUUGGAACCAUCAAGCUAAACACCCUUCCUGACGGAGGCAGACGGCUCAAAGACCAGCUGAAAGAACUGGAGGACCAGCUCUCCCUUCUGUGCCUGUCGGCAACAAGUAAUGCCAGCACGAAAGGCAUCUCUGCAAAGAAUACGAGCGCAGCUGCUGAACAUGUUUCCCGAGGGGAGGAGAGAUCAGGCAUGGCAUUCGAGAGGGCAGUGCAACAAGCAGACACAAAAGCCGAGCUGCCAGCUCCCACUGCCAAAGAGCUGAAAAAGAGUGCCCCAACUGAAAGGGGUGCUGGAAAACUUGACACUUUUAAAGACAGCCAGCCUUACAAGAACUCUCAAACGAAGCAUAGUGCUGAUGCACAUCAUGCAAGUUUGUCUGCAUCAAGAGGCAAUGAUAAAAAGCCUAGUGACAGGUCAAGCGAGGAUGUAGGAAAGAGCAACGCUCUGCCCAAGAGUCCAGAAAUGCAAAGGCCACCUGAUUCUAGAGACUACAGAGCGCAGAGCUCAUCGCCCAAGCAUCUUCCGGAAGAGGGUGAUCUGUCGAGCAGCAAGUGUGAGUCAAGCUCUCAAUGCCCAACGGGAGAUGUUUCAACUAAGGGGAUAUUGAUAUCGCCUUCAGAGAGUGCGGCGGAAGGACCAGGACUUGGUGACAGCGUCGUGGCCAAGAGGCGUCCCGUUAGCCCCGUGGCACGUGUCGGCGUCUGCCAGGAAGAUUCUCGGCCUCCGACAAGUGCACUGCAUAGCGUAUACGACCGCCGCGUUCUCCUCACGUCUCCAUUGCCGCUCAGCAAAGUGGCCGUUUCGUCGGCUGCAGUGAAGAAAGGAGCCACCUCAGAGACGCUGGGCACUCGCAUCUCCAGAGGCCUGUCGCAGCAGUGCACCGCUCGCCUGCAGCCCUUGAUCCAGAGUCUGUCCAGCCAACCUGACGAGUGGGACGAGAGCCCCCAGCCGCAAGGGGUACGCACUGCCCUGAUGGCCCACCAGCGACAAGCCCUGCAAUGGAUGCUUUGGAGGGAGGAGCAAGAGGCUCCGGGGGGCAUUCUCGCUGAUGCAAUGGGUCUGGGCAAGACGCUGACCAUGUUGUCACUUGUGGAACAGCAGCGGUCAAGGGACAAGGCGCACAAGUUGGCUGCGAAAAUCAAGAGUAAUGACAAAACUGAUGGCAAGAACGACAGUGAAACAGCGGCUCCUGCGCCACCCAGGGGUGGGACACUGGUGGUUUGCCCGCUGUCCCUGCUGCACCAGUGGGAGGAGGAGGUGCAGCGACACCUUCCUGGUCAAUGGCAGGUGCACGUGCACCACGGGCGCAACCGCACAGUCGACCCAGAGGAGUUGGCACGUUGCGACCUAGUCGUCACCACUUACGACACCAUCAGCAGUGACUGGGCUCGCGUUGAUGCUACAGGCAAGAGUGGGCUGUCCCCGCUGUUUACAGUCAAGUGGCGCCGCCUGGUACUGGACGAGGCACACAAUAUCCGCAACCUGCACACACGGCGUGCCAAGGCGGCCUGUGCAUUGCUCGCAUGGUCACGCUGGGCCCUCACGGGGACUCCCGUGCACAACGACCUCAACGACAUGCGUUCCUUGCUCAAGUUCCUGCAGUGUCACCCAUUUGAUGAUGACUCCUUUUGGAAGCAGUGGGUCAAGGAGAACCCUGGGCCUGAGGCACUCGCCGUGGUGAUGAAAUGUGUCCUGCUUCGCCGAACAAAGGAGCAAAUGGGCAAGGAUGGCAAGCCACUGGUGCCACUGCCUCAAAAAAGCAUCAUCCUCCACAAACUUUCUCUUGAGGGAACUGAGGCUAAAGUGUACAAGGAGUUGGACGAGUGGUCUAGGUCGAGUGGGCCCGAGAAAUACAGAGACCCCGUGACUGGGCGCGAGCUGUACCGCAACGUGGGCUCUCGACGCUUCGUCAUGCUCAUUCGGCUUCAGCAGGCCUGCUCUCAUCCCGCUCUGCUCAAAAAGAAAGUCUUGGAGGAUGCUGCCAUAGACACAGACGAGCUCCUCUCGGCAGGCAUGGCUGGGCUCCAGCUGUCGGAUGACUUGGCCGCAAAUGAAGACAGGCUGGAUGCACUGAACCUAGACAAGUACGCCAGUGCACAAGAAUUUGAUAUUGCCUACGUCAGCUGCAAGAUCAAGACUCUGCUCGACAUGCUUCUGAAGGUGCGGGAAGAGUCAAACAACCAAGAUAAGAGUGUGGUGGUGUCUCGGUGGACUUCACUCCUGUCACUGGUGCGCCAUCACCUGGAUCGGCGAGGUAUCCCCUCGGUCACCAUCCAGGGUAGCGUCCCCGGUCACCAGAGGGCUUCCUACGUGGCCAAGUUUAACGAUCAGCGAGAAGGACCCACAGUAAUGUUGCUCUCCCUCGAAGCUGGUGGCGUGGGCCUUAACCUGGUAGGGGGCAAUCACAUGUUUGUCCUCGACGUGCACUGGAACCCUGCUCUGGAAGCACAGGCAUUUGAUCGUAUUCACCGUGUGGGGCAGACCAAAACGGUUGUUAUCAACAGGCUCAUUUGUGCAGACACCAUUGAGGAGCGUAUUCUGGAACUGCAGAAGCACAAGCAGCAGCUUGCGGAAUCUGUCGUUGCACGGAGGCGCCUGACGGCCAACGACUACGACUUCCUUUUUGCCAAAGUCUCUUGACCAAUCGCAUAGAUUGUAAAGUAAUAGCAAAGGGACAGUCUGGUUCCACAUUAUUUAAAAUUUUCUGCUGUGAUUGAUGGCCUUGCUUUUCUACUUGAUCAUUUACUUUUUGGUGUUGUGGUUGUGUUUUCGGUGAUGCAAUAAAAAAUUUUACUACUGCAUCGAGAUCUUAAA